AUGCAUUUCCCGCCUUUUAGGAAUCAAAAUUUUCACCGGGGACCCCCUCCAGUUUUCUCUGUAGCUUAUCGAUUAAUUGAAAAAAGAAUACAUCCCCCUACUCCUACGAUAGGUCCAGAAGAGAUAGAAAAUUCAAACAGAAUUCUUCGACUAGACCUGCAUUAUCAAAAUUAUACUGGAGACGGACCGGUAACAACCGUUUAUCUUUUCUACCGCCUACAAACAUUAACUGAAAGUGACUGGAUUGAGGAGAGAAUCAGCGUUGCCGAUGUUGUCGGCGGGUUCACAUUGACCUCUGUCACACCACACCAGACAUACGAGUUCAAGACAAAGUUUGAACGUCCUGGCGGAGGGAUCGGCAAUUUCAGCGAAACUACAGUUAUCAUAAUUAAGUGUUAUCCUCCAAAAGACGUUCCACGGAUUGUUAGUAGAAGAAGCCCGGAUGAACAUACCAUAUAUAUAGAGUGGACUAUGACGUCACCAACUGAGCCUCCAGACUAUGAUGGGUUUUAUGUUACUUAUGCACUGUCCAGAGACCAAGAAAAUAACAAUACCCUUCAUGUGGACCACCCAAAUAUCUUGGAAGUAAACAUUACAGGCUUAGUGCCGUAUGAGCUUUACCUCGUUAAAGUUACAGCACUCAAUUGCUACUUAGAGGGCAGUGCUUCUCGGACGUACGACAUACGCGUUUCUCAGGGUCCUUCUGGUCCAGUUAAAAAUCUUCGAGUUGUCAACAAUGAUGAGGUUGAACCAUACAUAACUGUAAGCUGGGAGAAACCUACUAAUCCACAUGGUAUAAUACAAUCCUACAACGUUACAUUAGUUCGAGUGACAGGAGGAGAAGAAGUGAAAACGGAGACAGUCCGUUUUACAUAUUGUAAGCUGAAAAUACGAUGGCACACGGAUUAUAUUAUAUACGUGAGCGCAUCAACGUCAUCACCGAAGCCAGGACAGCCAACUUCAUUUUCUAUAACAACUCCACAGAGCUCUCCGACUGGUCCACCGGUUGACAUCCAAUACGAAGUUACACAGAACUCUAUUUAUCUGUUUUGGAAUCGUCCGAUUGAUGGCGAGGCAAAUGGAGUAAUUACAAAAUAUGAGUCAUACUUCUCUAAAAUAAAGCAGCUAGUGGAAGAUGCUGAAAGCGGUGCUAUCAAGGUCCCAAGUAAUAUUGAACACACUGGGCUCGAACCCGACACGCUGUACUUUGUUAAGGUUCGCGCGUAUACUAGUAAAGGAAGGGGACCCUGGAGUGAGGUCAUCGAAGUGCGAACAGCUCCGAUAAAUUCAAACACCAGUGAAUGCGGGAGCAACAAAUGUGUUAACGGUGUGUGUAACAACCAUCUGAAUUUCUUUAACUGCACAUGUAACAGCGGAUGGGAGGGUACUCAAUGUGAUGUAGAUAAUGUAGCACCAAUGAUAACAUUUUGCCCACCAGAUAUGCAGCUGCUGACAAUCAAUACUGCUGCUGCCGCUUGGACUCCUCCUAAAGCAACCGAUAACUCAGGUGUACCACCAAUUAUCACAACAAAUAUUCAGCAACAGGACUUGUUAGAGAUUGGAAACCACCUUGUAUCAGUUACUGCGACGGACGGCUCAGGAAAUACCAACACUUCAUGUUCUUUUACCGUAAAGGUCAUAGGUUCUACUGGACCUAACUACCUGAUAGCGGUGUACAUACUCUGUCUUUUUAUAGUGGUGAUGAUUCUAAUAUCUGUCUUCAUCCACAGGUACCAUUCCAAAAACCACAAGAAAAUGGAACAUAGGCCUUCUACAAAUAUGAUCAUGACUGAUUCUGAUCUCUCAACUCACAUUCAAACCAGAGGCAUUACAGGUGACUCAUGCUCCAAGUCCACAAAUGUCGACUGUGCUUAAUUCAGUUUUUGGCGCAGUACCAACAACAACGGACACACUAAAUGAUACCGUACAGAGUAUGAAACAAUCCCUCUGCAUAUUAGUGGUGUCGCAGACCAAUUUGCGAGGGAAAAUUAUUUAACCAAUGAUAAUAUCAGAGAUAACAACAACAUCAAAUGUAGCAAGUAAUACAGAAUAUGAAAUCCGUCUGCCAGCCAGUGGUGUUGACGAAGCUGUUGUAGUACGAUCUUUGGAAUCACCAAAUAGAGAUAAUUCAGUUCAUGAUUAUAUCGAGGCUAUACCAACAACACCAAAUGUACGGAGUGAUACAGAGUAUGAAAUUCCUCUACCAACCAGUGUCGUUGACGGAGCUGUUGUAGCACGAUCUAUGGAAUCACCAAAUAAAGAUAAUUCAGUUAUGUUAUAUCGAGGUAAUACCAACAGCA